UUUCAUCGCCGCCACCCAACCCUAAUCGGUAACAACGCGUGUAAACAGAUCCUCUGACGCGCCUGCCCUCUCAGAACGCGUGAUAGAGCGGAGUGUUAGCGCGCAGAGUUAUCUAUCACUGCCUUCCGGACCGGACAGUCCUGAGAGUCCUCACGGGCUGCUCCUCAUCUCCUGAUAAACCCUACAAGGACGCGCCUUUCUGUAUUUUACGGAGCAAAAAAAAAAUAAAUAAAUUAGCUUUCGUUUUUUAAAUGAAACGAAGACCUGCCUGGAUUUCCAUCUGUUUUCAAUUACGGGAAGUAGUCAUUUGACAGGGAUAAAAAAAAAAAAAAAAAAAAAAAAAUCGGAUUAACUGGAAAACUUCAGCUGGAUUUCACUGGAUGGCAUUUUGACACCUUAGGCUAAUACAAAGAGCUGGAGUGACCUGUUCUUUCACCAAACUACUAAAAGUACUACAUGACAGAAGAUGAGGAACUAAACUGACUGCCUCUUCGUGGGAUGCACUUCCACCUGUGUUGUUUAGGCUGUUAAACCAUGGACAAUGAAAACAUGCCUUUUACAUGAUGCUUCUGGUGUAAAGAGCAGCAGAUGACCAGUCAGGAAGCUAAACAAGAAAUCUGAUAAAAUUACCAACAGCCUUGUUCCAAGUUGAAUUAACCCUUUCCACUCAGUUGUGUUCUAAUCUACUCCUAGAGAAAGCUUGAUUUCACAGUGGAAGCAGGUAUCUCUGACAUCAAGAGAUGAAACGAGAACGCUUUAAGCCCCCAGAACCAGAUGACCCUCUGUGCUGCUGUGGAGACAUCGACCAGCAGAGAGAGUACUGCUGCUGUGACUGUGAAGAACUCGAUGAUGCCUGCGAAAGGUUACUAAGAGGAGAGCCGGACAAGCCAGACAUCUUCUCUCGUUUCAUCUCUCGAAUGGCUGGUUGUUUGGGUUUGCCCUCUUGUGCCAUAGGACCCCUUCGAGUGGAAAUAUCUGUCUUGCCUCCGAUGGUAUUAAUUCCUGGCCUGUUGCGAGUGGCAGCAUUUAACUGUGUGUUGGGAGUUGUAGUCCUAACUGUCCUACCAGGACUGGUGCUUUGGUAUUACUAUGUGACUCACAGAAGGAAAAGACGCACAUUGUUUUUCCUCAGCUUGGCACUUUUCUCCCUUGCCUACAUGUACUACCUUUUCCUUACUGAGAUCGUUCCCAGAGGAGACGUCAGUAAUCUGCAGCUGGUUACUGCGACGACAGGCAUGAUGUUGACACUUAUCUCCCUUGUGCGCACCAAACAAGGACCAGGCUUUGUCAAAUCCCAGUCAUUAGCUCCCGGAGUUAACAGUAUCUCUACAACCAAUCAGAACCCAGACAUACCUGGAGACUCUGCCCCCUGCAAUGGAAUCAGCCAGUCAAAUGGGGAAAAGGAAGGGAAGAAGAAGUUAUGUCCUGUUUGCCGAUUGGUGCGCCCACCAAGGGCAGGGCACUGCAGGAUCUGUGGAGCUUGUGUCCUUCGAAUGGACCACCAUUGUGUUUGGAUAAACAGCUGUGUAGGUCAAGCCAAUCACAGACAGUUCAUUUUGACGCUCCUUCUCUUCCUGCUGACAUCGUUCUACGGGAUCAGUUUGGUGUUAAAGAGUAUAUGUCGAAGACAGAGUCUAUUCACAGCCAUUUUAUACUGCCCUGGAGUUUAUAAUCAAUACAGCACAGCGCUGUGCUUUACAUGUGUGUGGUACAGCGUGAUCAUAACAGGCGGUCUGCUCCACCUGUUCAUCCUUCAGAUCAUCAAUGUCAGUUACAAUGUAACGGAACGCGAAGCUCAGAUCGCUUUGCGCAACAAAACUGGUAGACGGCGCUUCUGUGGCCUGGUUGUGGAGACGGGGGUCUAUUCACGAGGCUUCCUCCAGAACUGGAUUCAGUUCCUCACAAUGAACACGGAUGAGAACGGUUCCCCUCUCACCUUCACAGACAUGGUAUGAGUCAAGGGACUACAGAUGUGAUCCUAGGUAGUAUUUAAAGUAUGUAAAUCAUGCGAUAUGUUAAACAUCUAAAGCAUCAUGUUAGGCAUAAAGAUUAGGAUGACACAUUUACCUUGUUUGCACCAGUUGUAUUGUUAAGGCAUGCGUUCCAUUUAAACUGAUAAACAAUCAUAUUAAAUACCUAUUUUUUUGUUUUUAUUCCAGUGGUCAUAUCUCUGUACGGACAUAUUGAAUUGGGUUCUAUGACCACAGCAAUGUUUUUAUGAAAUAUAAUAAAACUCUGCGCAUAAAUACUGCCGCUUUAUGGCAUAAAUGGGCAACUUUGUGUUGUUAAUGACAAGUAUAAGAGAUAUUAUGAACAUGUGAACUGAUGAUAGAUAGAACUGGGAAAAAAUGUGACACCCUGAAAUGCUAAUAAACCAAAAAAUACAUUUGACACCAAAUUCAUAAUCCAUGUAAUUGUAAAUAUGCUACUAUCUUUGUAGUGUGCUCUCUCUCUCUCUCUCUCAGGACAAAUGACUACAGGUUUCUUUCUGUGUUUAGUGCUCACUGAAAAGCAGUGUUAAAGGGGUCAUGAACUGAGAAAUCUAAAUGAUAUAUCUUUUAAUAUACAAGAAGUGAUUUUGCUAUAGAAACAAUUUGUAAGUUUCAGAACUCAAAACAUAAUUGUUAGUCUAAAAACAGCUUAUACUGAAGUCAAUCUUUCAAAAUGAAAGAAUGUGCCACUUUAUGACGUAAUAGUGUUGCUAAGCACUGCUUCCUUGAAGAUCAUCAACACCUGAUUCUACAUCACUGCCUGUUUAGCCCCGCCCACUGAUUCGCACAUGUAGCAUAAAUAAUGAGGGAAGCCCAAGUCUAUGCAGUAAUCGAACAAUACACUUUAUCUUUAUUUUUAAUGAAGUUCCAGACUGCAUCAGUAAGAAUUGGUCCUUUGUUGACUUCAUGUUACCCUGGAUUCAUUUACAAACGGCACAAUUCUACGCAGGAUUUUCAGAAAUGUGCCGACUAUAUUGAACUCGACAGUAAUGCCGCACUUCACAAGUGUGAGUAACUGAUUUUAUUAUGUGGUCACUAUAACAGUCAAAGCAUAUGUACAGAUUGUUUGAUAUUUACUGAGUAAUAAUGUGUAAUGUGUUUUUUAACCUAAAUCACAGCAGUGUACACCUGUAAAGGAUGUAGACUGUCAAUCAUACACAACUAUAAGCCAUUCAUAGCAGUGAGUGUUUACUCCCAAGUCUACAAUCCGCCAGGUCUAUUCAAACAGUGCGUUCUGAUGAGGGGGUCAAAACAGGACACAAAAUAGCCCAUUACUUCUAAAUUAUGAUGUUGUUGAUGUAUAAUUAGAAGUGGACUUCAGAGAACAGUAAAAAAUAUAAAGCAAAGGCAGUUCAUGACCCAUUUAAGAUAUAUCGAGGUGUACUUUAAAGUUAUGUAUCGUCAUCUUGAAUUAAUGAGCAUCCAUUAUGUCAUAUAUGUAAAAAUAAAUGUACAAAAUAAAUGUUGUCAUGCACACCUA